AUGGCAGCUUCUCUCCAAUCCGCCGCCACAUUUAUCCAGUCGGCGAAAAUCCCCACCGCUCCUUCUCGCGGAGGUACUCCUCUCCGGUCGACUCAGGCCGUUGGCAAAUCUUUUGGUCUAGAAACUUCCUCUGCUCGUCUCUCUUGUUCCUUCCAAUCUGACUUCAAAGACUUCACCGGAAAAUGCUCCGACGCUGUCAAAAUCGCCGGAUUUGCUCUCGCUACCUCUGCCCUCGUCGCCUCGGGAGCAAGUGCAGAGGGAGUUCCAAAGAGACUGACUUACGAUGAGAUUCAGAGCAAGACAUACAUGGAAGUGAAGGGAACUGGAACUGCUAACCAGUGCCCAACUAUCGAAGGUGGCUCUGAGACAUUCUCGUUCAAGGCCGGAAAGUACGCAGGCAAGAAGUUCUGCUUCGAGCCUACUUCCUUCACUGUCAAGGCUGAUAGUGUAAGCAAGAAUGCACCUCCUGAGUUCCAGAACACAAAGCUCAUGACCCGUCUCACCUACACACUUGACGAGAUCGAAGGGUCCUUCGAGGUUUCUGCAGAUGGAAGCGUCAAAUUCAAGGAAGAAGAUGGAAUCGACUACGCUGCAGUCACUGUCCAGCUUCCUGGAGGCGAGCGUGUGCCAUUCCUAUUCACAGUCAAACAACUUGAUGCUUCAGGCAAACCAGACAACUUCACCGGAAAAUACCUAGUCCCAUCGUACCGUGGCUCGUCUUUCUUGGACCCAAAGGGCCGUGGUGGAUCCACAGGAUAUGACAACGCCGUGGCGUUACCAGCUGGAGGCAGAGGAGACGAGGAAGAGCUUUCAAAGGAGAACGUGAAGAACACGGCAGCUUCAGUUGGAGAGAUCACUUUGAAAGUGACAAAGAGCAAACCGGAGACAGGAGAAGUGAUCGGAGUGUUCGAGAGUAUUCAGCCAUCGGAUACUGACUUGGGUGCUAAGGUACCAAAGGAUGUGAAGAUCCAAGGGGUGUGGUAUGGUCAACUUGAGUGA